UCAGGUUAUUAGAGUCGAUUUUUUUUGACGUUGUUGUUUUCGUUUUGAAACGCAAAUCAUAUUGUUGAAGGAGCGCGCAUAAACAACUCAAGUGCUGGAUAAUUCGAAGGACGACUACCGGUUGCUUAUGUUUGGGCAAAAGGAAGAAGUGAAUCACUUUUGCUGGAAUUGAUUAUGGAUCCGAACGAAUCGUGGUGGCUUAUUAGUGGCAGUGACUAAGGGGAUUUCUCCGAGUAAAGUGAUUAUCCUGUGGAUUUACAAGGGGGAAGCAUUUCCAAAAAAAAAAAAAGAAACACCUGACUCAUGGGGUCUUCCGAGUGAUGUGUAAAACGUUGGAGCAUGUAUGCUGUUAUUAUGCCUAAUUUGGCGUUGAAGAUCUGGAGAAGGAGGAAGAACGAAAAAAGCCGUUGAAAAGCCAAACAACCGCCAACAGGUCAAGUGGAUGAGUGAAAAGAAACAACUACAGUGCAAAAUUGAUUGGUUUUUGUAUGGAAACUGACAGCUGCCAACGUGACGUCACAGUGCUUACUGUUGUUGCGUACGCCCCGACAUACGGCUUAAGGAAAAGGCGGGAAGUGUCGAUGAUGGUCGUUGAAGCCAAACAAAUCUCCCCAUCGAUAGUAGUGGGCUAGUUAUUUAAAGUUGGUGUAAAGUGAUGGCGGCGUGGUGCCCGUUGAGAUGAAACAAAAGAGUUGCGUUAUGCACAAAACCUCCGUGUGUGUUGCGUUUGGAGAUUUUGAUUGCUGCUCGGUGGAAUGAGUGCGGAACUGUCACUAUCCCUCGCCCGUUCGCGUUAGUUCCAGUGUUGUGGACGUAACUUUCACAAAAAUUUUGUCGCUUUUCAACACACAGCAACAAGUGGCGCGUGUGUUCAAGUCUGGGCCCGGUCUGGUCGUUUGUAUGAAUAAAUAAUUAAAUAGCCGAAGAAAUCGAAGACCGCGUGGAGCUGUAGCUGGGCUCUUAUAAAAUUAGUGGAAAGUGUUUUUGUGGUCCACCAAAGUAGAGUAGUAAAAUCCUCCUAAAAUAAUCCGCCUCACACUUUUGCUUUCGAUCGAUGCACAAGGCAGGGGCAAAUAUAAAUUAAUUUAGGAAAGAGUGUGCUCCGCUUAAGUGAUUCCGUAAUUACGGACUGCUGGGUGAAACAUGUUACCACCUUUUGACCACCAUCGCCAUGGCUGGUUGGAACUAGAGCCCCGGUCUGCCAACUGCUGCUGUUACCAGGAUUAACAACCAGAAGCCGCGUGACCUGGGAAAAGUUGUGCAUACAGUACGGUAUCAAGUGGAACCGGGCAAGGCAGACGGACGGUAGGGAUUAUCGAUUUUGUGCAAGAAGGCGCCGUCGUAUUGCGAACGUGAACCGUGAACCGAAGGAGGAGGGACACCUGCAGCAACUGGAAAUCACCGUUGGAAUAGGAGACGGUCUUGCGAAGGAAACGGCAAUCGGAUAUAGCGCAAUAGCACAACUUCUCGUGUCGUGUGCGGUGGUUGUGUUCUGCGGUGUACGGAACCAUCCGACUGGCUGCAGCUAGAUAAUAGCCGGUAUCAACAUGUACUUAGUGCAGACUGUACAGACGGCUUCGCCCUGGAGGCCCCAGUUACCCCUACCGAAGGACAUAACCUUGCAUGUGCAUCAGCAGCAGCAGAAGCGAGACAUGGACAAGGUCUCGAGUAAGAGCAGUAGUGGUAAGGACGGGAAGGACAGCAAAAAGUGGUCAAUUGGGAAUCUGUUCCGUCGAAAGCAGCAGAAGAAGGAACUGGAGUACGACUCCAGCUCCGAAGAGGAUCGCAAGGCCGGUUUCUUGCCGGUGAAGAGCAAUCGAACACAAGCCGUUAGCCAACCGGGGACGCUCAAUGGGAAGAAUCGCAAGAAGCGAUCCAGUAAAUUGGGAACCUUCGAUCACAUCGUAGUCAGUCAGAACCAGACCGGCAAUAGCUAUGGCUUCAAAGAGAGUGACAGCGUAAACUCGAUCGAUAAGUAUGUAGUUUCUAUGGGUUCGCUGGAUCGGAGAUCACGCACAGAUCAAGGAAAGACGAAGGAAGGCAAAGAGGGCUCCAGUGACGAAGGAUCGCACAGAUCUUCGUCGAUGUCCAGGUUCAGAAGUGACGAUAGCUUGGGCAAUCACAGUGCAAGCUCACACAGAAAGUCCCGUUCGGCAAGAACCGAACGGUACUUGAAACGAAUGACCAAGGAUGAAGAAGGUAGCCCCGUGAACCGGUGGCAUACGCAGCCGAUUUCUCCUAGUAUGCUUCACGGAAGCAUCCAAUCCGUAGAUAACGUUAACAGACGAGGCUACCCAGUCGGGGUUCAUCCAAGCCUCAGGAACUCAUCUAGUCUUACCAAUGUGCCUCAUCUGUUCCACCCACCCAAUCCGUAUGCUCAACAGCAGCAGGUCUAUCAGAUCAACCCAUCGGCAACAUACGAAAACAGUUUUUACAUUCAAAGUAAAGCAAACUCCAUGCGGGACUCCAUUCGUAGUCCACCGCCAGUUCCUCCACGGGAUCCCCAGCGCAGACUAACGAUCGGACAUCCCAGUGAUGCUCGACCCAUUUCCUACGCCUUCGAUCGCUACCAGAUGAAUGCGCAACCUAAUGGGAACAUCUGGCAGCCGAAUGGCAAAUGUACCAGCGACGAUCGGCUGUGGGGAUCGAACAUAACCCUUCAGCAACAGCCGGCUAUGCCUCAGAGCUUUAUAAACGCACACGCCGUGACUCCACCGAGACCGGCAUCCGUUCAGCCAGAACCUACACAGAAACGCUACAUCUCCCGACAUCCUCAGCAAACCAAUCCGUCUCCUAACCAGGGCUAUGUGGUUCUACAUCACAACCACCAACACCCGCACCAGCAUCAUCAUCAGCAACAUCACCAGCAACCUCAACCCCAACCACAGCAGCAACAGCAGCAACAGCAGCAGCAACAGCAGCAGCAACAACAGCAACAGCAACCACAGCAACAGCAGCCACAACCACAGCAACAGCAGCAUUCGAUCGUUAAGCGACCAAACGAGUACCGUUACGUUACGGACGUAAGUCCACGAUCACGGAAACCCAUUCAAAUACAGGACCGCACCUUUGAACCGUACGAACCAUCCCGGCAAAUGCAGCAAACACCCCCAACAAGUACGCAACCAUCGCAGUACGGUUCAACGGCUUACAUCCGGACGCGGCCACUGAAGCUAGAGCAGGAGGAAAAGAACCCGAAGACUCCGCAGCAAUCGGCAUCCGCCUUCUGGCGGAAGAUCGAGGAGAAGCAAACUACGGCCCAUCCUCGGGGUAGAUCUGCCGACCUUAGACAGCAAGUUCCGGGUGUGAACACCCGCUCCGUGUCCAGUUCGCGCGCACUGGAGAUGAUGAACCGUCGCAAUCACGAUUUAUCGAAAGAGCUGAGCAACCUUAUUUGCGGUGAUAUCCCAGACGAUCAGCACAAUGUAAUCAACGGCCGACUGUACCUCCGGCAGGCGCCGGAUUCGAAGGAGAAGUCCCGUUCACCUCCGAAAAACAAAUACGAAGAAUACGUGGCCAAGACGAUCGCUCAGUCUACGCAGCAAGUUCCCGUACCAACAUCCACCUACCGGAAGUUCAGUGCCGAGCAGGAUUCCAAGACCAACCUGAAUCACCUUCGUGGUCCACCACCUCCUCCAGCGCGAGGAAUUUCCAAACGAAAUUCCUGCUCCGAAGAAGAACUUUCCAAGAAGCAAAAGUCCGCCAACCUCGAAGAGGCCAUCAACGAACUAGAAGCCAUCUACAAGAGCCUACGCUUGAGUGACGAAGACUUGCUGGAUCGUGCCGAACUACGGGACGUUCCGACGCCGACCUUGUUCAACCGACAACCAACGAAACCGGUCUCCGACUACGAUGACGAAGACGAUAGUGGCGAUCGACGCAACUCCGAACCGAACAUCGAACUGGAUGAUCUGAGCUUCCGCAGCCUAAGACGAGCCAACGAAACCAUAAAAACCCUGGAAGUUCAACCACCGUUUGGAAUCCCGAUCGGUCCGAUCCCACCAUCCCCCAAUACGGAUUACCUGAGUGCCCAUCCGGCAAAGCCCAAUAAACCCCGAUUCAUGCCGAAACACUCCCCGGAUCUUGUGUCGGACGAUUUGGCCUUCCGGCAGCUACGCCGCGAUAAGGAUCUUCAGCAAAGUAUCGAUCGAGCCAGCUAUAACGCCAUGGAAUCCACUGCCGUGGAGAAACCCAUCGACAGUAGCAUCGUCGAAGACGUCAAGAAAAAGCGCAACAGUCACAAGGCGACGAGCAACACGCUGGCGUCGAAUAUCUACAAUCUAAUACAGCGGGACGCUGCCAAACCUUCCGGCGGUAACCUGGACGAUUACUACCGAAUUGAUACGAGAAAGGACGUCGCAGACGUUCCGUCUGAUGUUUUGGUAGUUCCCAAGCUGAAGAAGUCGGCGAAAAAGAUCGAACGGGCCAAGAGCGGUUCGCCGAAGAUCACCGGAGGAGCGGUGUUUAACCUACCGUCGACGCUGAAGUCGACCAGUUCCACGAGGAAGGGAACACCCGCCGUGUCGGACAGUAGCAGUGCGCCGAGCACUCCCACGCAGAAGACUGCGCCAAAGGUCGGCGGGGAUGGUCCGGUGAUUGUCGGGGCGAAGCACAAAGCGGAAUUUGAGGAUAUAUUGAAUGCGAUAGCACAGGAAGCCAAGGAUACCAGUGAAAAGUUGGGCAUGGAUCUGGCUGAGCUCAGGAAGGAAACCAAGUCAGUUUCGAGUGGCACCAGUCCGGAGACGAAGCCGAAGAGUAAGCCGAUUGCACCGAAGGAGCCCUCGGCGAGUCGAAAGUCGUCGGUCAAAGUCGAUGAGGGUGCGAUCGAUGAGGUGGCCGAAGCGGCCAAGUAUUGCAGGGAGAUGCUGAAAAAUGUGGUCGAGGCACCGAAGCAGCUGGAUGAGGAGAAGCUAGUCAAGGAGAUUGAGGAUACGUCCAACGCGGCGAUGCUGUGUCACGGUAUGAUCAAUCGGGUGAUGAUGGUUACGCAGCAACCGGUGGCACAGGUGGCAGUGGAGGCGCCAGAGAAGUCGGUGCUCUCUGGAUUGAUCAAGGAGUUGACGCCUCAGGUGGGAGAUGAGGAUACGUUCGAUAGGUUGUCUAGACGAUGCCAAGAGCAGUUGAGUGAGCUCGAGGAAAUGAAGGAUGGGGAGAAGUCUGCGAUCGACAGGGAUUACGAUAGUUUGGUGGAGAGUAUCAAUCCUCUUGAGUCGGAUUCGGAUAAGAAGAGUACCGAGGAGGAGAUCGAUUUGAUAAUGAAGGAGUGUGGUAUUGAGAAUGACGUGCAGAUUACGAUCAACUCGGUGCCGUUGGAAAAGCAGGAGGAGGUUUUUGAAAGUAGCAAAUACAGCAAGGAGUCCAGCUUGGAGUUGAGCGACUUCCAUGGGCCUUCAUUGACCCCGACCGAUCCGAAAUCUUCUAGCGAGACGGAACAGUUCCCAAAAUCGUCGGACCUUACGUCCUGCAAUCUGCUUUCAUCGAGCGAUUGCCUCAAGUCCAAUGUCAGUUCAUCGUCGGCUGCUAGUUCGAUCGUUUCAGCACCGAAUGUGAGUGCCGAUUCGACACUGGUGGAGGUUAUUCCGAUUCCAAUAGGGGCGGUGACUGGUGCGUCGCCUCCGUUGCGCCGUUCGCCGUCGGAUGCCGAGUCGCAGUACAACUCUUCCGAAGAGCUGGCGAUGAUCUUUGGCAUCAAGAGUCCAACACCGACAGACAACAAACCAUUCGUCAAUACCGCCAUUCUAGAGCUGGAGAAGAAGCUUUCAUCCGCCACUGCCAACGUAAGCUGCCAAACGCAACAUAAUUCUAGUUAUCAGCAACCUCAUCAAGUGCAACAAACGAUCUAUCAGUCGAACAAUCUCCUCAACCACCACUAUCAAUCACCACCGCAACAGCAACAGCAUCCAACCGCCGACCAUCCUCGAACGGAUCCCUCAAGCUCAAGCCUCGUCAGUAUCCUGCAGGUGCUUCGCGCAGAGCACGAAUCCUCCGUGGAAAAGCGAUCUCCCCGGCGGGACGUUCGCACCCGAUCGUCCAGUAUCGAUCGGACCACGCCACCCCCUUCCGCACCGGGGCCCAGAUUCGCUGCCGUCAACUUUCGCAAAGUUCACCGCCAUCCACCGGUAUCCUAUCCGAAGAAACCUCUAGUCACGCAACGUUCGCUCGGAUCUCCACCGUCGCCGAACGUCGUCGGUUCUUGCUUCUCGCCACCUUUUGGGACUUCCACUUCCCACCAUCACCACCAUCUGCCACCGGCACCAUCAGCCUUCGCCGUCGCUACUGCUAACAGCGGGCAACAGCGCAGGCCACCGUUUAAGUCGGCCCUGAAGCGGAAUGACGCAUUCCUGAAGACCCGCUCCAAGACCAUCUCGGAUUUUUUCGGCCCCGAAUCCACACCCAUCAGCCGUCUGUUGAAUAUAAUAUGCCAAGAGAAGGAAGCGGAAAGAGCGCAAGCGAUCAUGAGCAGUAGCAGCGGUACCAGUAGUGUUCAUAACGGCAACAGCAAAGCCAGGCCAGCCGGUACCAAAGGCGAUGGUGUCCUGUCGAAGAUUCCGAUGGCGCCGACGGCGAAUGCGUCAUCGUCGUCGUCGUCUUCUUCCAGUUCUUCAACGACCAGGCUGCUUAAGUCACGCAAGGAGAAUGUGAUCCCGGUGGCGGCCUACAGCCACAGUUCGUCGCCGUCGAUCCACUCCGGAAGUGGCGGCGCCGCUACGACUGAAUCGUUCGCCACCAAGGACAUAGAUAGAAUAGCGAAAUAUAAAGCCGACCGGCGGAAACCUAUUUAUUUAAGGAACACUGUCCAAGAAAACGAAAAUGAAAGACUGGAUAAUAGAAAGAAAUCAACGUCUAGAUCAGCAACCAAUACUCCUACGUCAAGUGCAAUUCAUAGUAAAUCUCAAUCAUCCACGCUACAUCAUUCGAAAGCACCACCUUCGUCGUUGUCAUCCUCGUCAGCAGCCUCCGCCGCGGGUAGGCCGUGGCGGGCCACGUCAGCCGGUUCCUCUUCUACAUCCACUACCUCUGCUAGUACCGGCGGAGCAAAACCUGCCACGGCCCAUGGUUCCCGACCGACGACGAGCACCGGAGGCAGCAGCUCAUUGCCACUGUCACCAUUGCAUCAACCGCAGCAGAAGCAACUGCUCCAGCAGCAACGUAAACCUCGAGACCGCAGCAACGUUCGUGCAGCGAAAUCCGAGGAGAAACAGGUUGCCGCCGCACCUCCGCAGCAACAGGUCAAGCUGCAGCCACAACAUCAACAGCAACAACAGCAACAGCAGCCGAUUCGAACGACCAGAUCUUCCAGACUUCGUGCCGCUGCGCUGGGUAAAGAACGAGUUCAAUCAGCUGGUGGAGCAAGCGUUUCGUCCACCGCUAGCGAGGACAUCCACCACCAACGCUUGAAAGCUUUGACGACGGCAUCCAGUGGCGGGAUCGGUAAGCUUCUGUCCCCCAGUAAUAACAACAAUAUCGGUAGCAAAGGCAUAUCGCCAACGAUGAAUACCGGAAACCGAGCGAUACUGGCAAUGACGAAGCAGCCGGCGAAACCACGACUCGUUCCGACAAUCACCACCGUCAGUAUGAAGCAGAAGCUGAAGGAGACGACCGAAACGAUCACCAAACGCGCCGGCUCCGGUGCCGACGUCAAUCGUAACAAGAGUGGCGCAAUGCCCGAUAUCACCACUAACCAACUAGCCAAUAACAACGGAAAUGAUCUGCUGAAUGGAAAUGCAACUAGCAGUUUGAUUAACAACAAUAAUCCCGAACCGUCGCCAUCGUCGAUCGUAACCAGUGGGGAGGCUUUUUUGGAACAAAUCCCUUCGACCACUGAUGCGGUUGCUGUUGGAAACGGCGCCGUCGUCGAAGGGACAAUCGUUCAUGAAGGACAGCAGCAGCUGCCAAGCUGGGAGUCGCCUCGGGCAGCAGCGACGGCUUCGCCCCGGAUGCGAACGUCCACGAUGAAAUCGGGCGCCAGGAAUCCGCUGCUCGCUAAGGACCUGGCCGGGUUGAGUCCGGUGAAGAGCAGCACCAAUCGGGGCACGCUGAUCGAACGGGACAAAUCGGCCAAGCGGAAGUCCAAUCUGAAUCGCUCGCAGCACGAGGAAUCGACGGAGAAACGACCCUCGUCGACCGAACGGCGCCGUAUCCGUCAGAAAUCCGGAAGUGCCCCGCUCUCCAGUCCGGAAACCGUCGCCGGGAAACUCAAUGCAACAACAACCUCGCCGACUAACGACAGUGCCGGUCCGCUUUCGGUGCGGGCCGGCAGACUCGUCCGGAAGUCGCAUUCCGUGGAAAAAUCGUCACCGUCGGUAUCUCCACCGUCGACCGCAGUAACGACCCCCGCUUCCUCGCCACAUCUGGCCACCCUUCCGUCGCAAUCAUCCGUCACAUCCCUAGCAACUAGUACGGCGGUCUCAAGUCCGGCGUCGUCGCCGCUGGUAAGCACCAGCACCAGCAAGUCUGCUUCACCGGCCGCCACCGGACUGACAUUCCUUCUCGGCCGAAGCCCUCCUCCGCCGUCGGGAGGCCCUCCGCUCAACGUGGAUUCGUCCAGCUCGAGUGCUACCUUGGCCGGAGACGAAGUGCCGCCAAUUGCUAGCGGUAGCAACGACCGCCUGGAAGACGUUAGAGUAGAUAGCCGAAUUUCCGAUGGUGAGCUACCGGAUUCGCCACUGCCGCAGGUGGUGCAACAAUAUUCUAAAUUUAGUCAAAUGCUGAAAUCUCCCACAUUGGAGAAGUACGAAGUGAGAGUGCCGGUUCUUCCGCCGCUCAUCCCGCCGGUCGUGCAGGAUGAGGAAGAGGAAGUGCCCUUGUUGGACCAAGUGGACGAGCAGGAAGUGGUGCCUUUGGACGUGGAAUUGGAAAGCUUGGUGAUCGUGCAUGAAGAAGAGCAGGAUUUGGAUCUGAUGGAGGCAGGACCUUCCGGACUGUGUCCGAUUAUAAUUGAUAACGACGAAGAUGACGAAGGGGAAGAGGAAGAAGAACUGGUCGCGGAACGGUUACUCCUGCGAAAUGUACGUAGAAGUCGUUCGUCCUCGCCGCGGCCGGCGAACCGGAUCCUAUUCGACGAUAAGUUUAACGAUGAGUUUGUAGUAAUAGAGAACAGUCCCAAGAGUCACUUUAUACAAUCGCUCGACGAGACUGACAUUAUUGUGAUUGGGGACAACGACGAGGAUUACCCACCGAGACCGGCCAGCAGUAACAGUGCAGGAUCGGGUCCACCGUACGAGAAGAAGCUGGUCAAGAUGAGUUCCGUGGAACACUUUGAAUGUCUGCACCAGCGUAAAAGCUGCUCCCCACAGCGAAAGAAGAGCCUAUCGCCCAUCAUACGAGCCAAGAGCAUGGAGGAAAAUCAUCUAUCAUCGGUCAUUUCCCCGGCUUCCAACCAUAUCGUGUCGAUUUUGAAACGCAAAACCGUAGAAUCCAACAGUUCUGCAUCGAGCAAUGCCUCGCCGGUAACAUUCUCGCCGAGCGUGCUGGACACUCCCAUCCGAUCCAACCGCAGGCAAGGCAUCCUGAAGAAACGCUGCUCGCUGGACGAAAGCAGAUACAGCCGAAGCCACUCCCCGGACGAUCGGAGCAUCCUGGUCAAACACACCCGCCGAAACAGCUUCGAAGACGGAACUCAACACGGCAUCCUCAAGCAGAAAUCCUACGAAUCGAAGGAAGACGUUUCGGCCACCGGUGGCAGCGGCGGCAGCACUACGGCCGUCAACAGUGUCGUCUCGCACGGAAUCCUCAAGAAGAAAACCGACAGCUCCUCGACGUCCACCCCCAACGAACAACCGAAGCAUGUUUCGAUCUCGCAAGCGGUGAUCCUCGCCGCGGCCGAAAUCUGUCAGGACAUGCUUCUGGAUCACGAACACGACCACGAGAUCCGCCCCAUCCUCAAGUCCGACAGCCAACCACUGCCCACACCGAAACCGAUCCUCAAGAAGAAAUACUCAUCCGAAUCGGAGGAAAUCCGCCCGAUCCUGAAAUCUUCUCGCAAAAGCAGUCGCGAGGAGAAUUCCGACUCGGAAGAACUGAAACGUUCCAUCUUGAAAACGGACAGCCCCGCCAAGCGGCGUUCGUUCGGCGAUCGUGAUCCGGACCCGAAUCCCGUUCUCAGCCGAAGCCGCUCGUUGGAACAUCCAGAAUCAGUUCAGGCGGCAGCCAUCGUCCCUCAGGUUCAAAACAUCGAGAAACCGAUCAUAUCCGUGGCGGAGCGGAUCAAAAAUAUGGAAAAGUUCCUCUCCACGCCGUCCCCCAGCGGUAAUGGCAACAACACUAGUAGCAGUAGCGCCGCAGGAUCCAGUUCCGGUGCCGUACCGAAAAAGACCGGCGGCUGUGCCACUUCCCGGCGGGAAUCGUACCGAUUCAAAACGCAACCGAUCACGUCGACGGAGCUGAGUGGUGUGCAACAGCAGCAGCAGCAGCAGCAACAAGUUGACCACCGAUCGGUGGACAACCAGGAAGAAUCCAUCUCGAGUGUAGAGGAGCAUAGUGAAGCCAUCGUCUGCGGUGAUGCUGCGGUGGAAUCGGUGGGUCCACGUGGUUCGCUAGAAUCUCUCAUCAGCAAGGAAAAGCUCCCUUCGGAGGACAAGAGUUUGGAUUUGCUGUCGCCGACCUUUGCCCAUACCGAGUCCAACUCACACUCAUUUAGCGGGGAAUUCAACCUUGCUUCGCUCAGCUCGGACAGUGGAAUACAGUUCGGUCGCGGAACGGAGGAAACCUCCGGGGCGGAUUAUGUGUCCUCGGUGAAGACCAGUGACAGUGACAAGUCUCCAUCGAAGAAAACCAUCGACGACGAUUUGAACGAACUCGACGAAGAGGACGACGACGACGACGACGACGACGAAGACGACGACGAGGACGAAGAGCAUUUGCAAAUAAUCGAAGAGACUGAAGGACAGAAGCGACUUUUGCUGAGUCCAUCCACCGCGGUGCCAUUGACACCCGAUCGAAGACGUUCCGGUUCGUCCAGUUGUUCCAGUGCUAGCUCUAGUGAUUUGAGUGAUAGGGAAGUAGAACGAAUGUACGCAGCAUCGGUGAAUAGCAGCGGCAGCCAACCGGACGAGGAUCAAUCGUCGUCCGGAUUGCGGCGGUCGAAUAGCGUUCGCGCACGGGCCAGCAUGUUCCAACAAAUGGAGAGCCGGAAGAAGGAGAACGAGAAUCCGGCACUUCCGCGAGGAAGACGAGUGAUGCCAACCGGAGCAACACCAACGCAGUUCGCAACCCAAACAGUUUCCCCAACGGACAUCGACCGAAGCAUCCACAACACAAGCAAUCUCAUCAGUAACCUUAGCAACACUAACAACAACAACAACAUUUCGGAUGAUUCCGGCACCGAGUUUGAUCAAGUAACCAGCCCUCGCAAGCCUCCUUUUGCCUAUCUGCCGCCCUCGAAUCAGCAACCGCUCCCGUUCGUGUCGGAGCUGAAGAAAGGCAUCCUCAAGUCGAAAUCCGGUGGCAUCGGGCUCUUUCCGGCUGAUCUCAACUCCGAACUGAAAUCGCGACUUCGCAAAUCCACCCACUCGUCGGUGAGCAAUCUGAAAAAGUCUACAACCGUUUCGAACAUCGAAUGUGACGCGUCGGCGGCCGUCGGUUCCUCGUCCGAGUCCGAUGAAGAGGACGGUGUCGCGCCCGGUAUGAAUCUCGCGAAAAUGCUCCGUAACGUGUCGAAUACGGCCGCGUCGACGGGUGGUGGUGGUGGUGGUAGUGGUUAUGUUCCGCCCGGUGGCGUGGCCUUGUUUCCCCCGGUGCCUCCCAGUUCGUUUGUACCGUUGAAGAAAAGUGAUCUCGUCGCGUCGAGUGGUGCCACCAGCGAUGGAGAGCAUCCGUCCUCGGCCAGUGCCCGUGGCAACGUGGACUCGAUCCUGAAGAAUCCGGCUGUGGCACGGCGUCGGCGGCAGAAUGAAGGCUACAAACAGCAACUGGUGAAGAGCAAGAGCCAGUCGGAGCUUGCCACCUUCGUUCCGGCGUCGGCCAUCAUCUAUCACAACACGGCGAAACCAUUCAGCGGUGGUGUCGGCCCGGUUGGCGUUGGCGUCGGCGGAAAUGAUCCUCUGAGUUACGGUGGUUCCAAUGACCAAAGGAGUGGCGGUUUCCUGAGCCAAUCGACGACCGGAGGAGGAGGAGAUCUGCAGCAGUAUCAGCAACCACAACAACAACAACAACAACAGCAGCAGCACUACUCGGUGCCACCUGGUUUCAUCGGAUUGAGACGCUGCCUAACCGAGGAGAUGCGCCCGGAUCAGGAAUCGAUGGUUAAGAGCGUCUCGAUCGCCGAACGGCUGGCGGCCCUGCAGAAGAGCGGCGAAGAUGACUGGCGGAAGCGAGUUGCCAAGAAGGAUGUCACCGACGAUGUCCGGCGGGAGAAUUUAGUCAAUAAUGCCAUCCUUGUUGCCAAAUCGAUCGAGAGUCCGGUCAAGAACAGUACGCCGCGCCCGUUCAGCCGGCCAGCAGCGGACAUCGAAGGCGGGAACAUUUCCGACCGGCUCGGAAAGAUCAAAACGUCUUCGGAAAGCUGGAAGAAUCGUGUCGAACUUUCGGAUGCCACCAACUUCACCGUGGCGGGCCGAUUGGCCGCCACCAGGUCGCCCAAGUUGCCGUUCAUCAAAUCCGACACAAAGCAGUCGCCACCGAUGAGCGCGUUCCGCAGUGUGAACCCGCCCCAGCUGGGUCUUGCCAAAAGCCCGUCGAUGAUGGUGUCUUCGGUGACCACCUCGUCGAUGCUGUACGCUCCCACCACCCCCAGCGGCGGAGGCCCAAUUCAGAAUGGAGGGGGAGGAGGAGGCCCAUCGCCAGUGGCAGCACUGGCCGCCGUGGGCCAGCAACUAUCUAGUCAACUCAGUCAGCACAGAGCAGGAAUGGACAGUAUACUUAUGAUGAAGCGUAGCAUUAGUGUCCCCGGGGUGCCCUCAUUUGGUGCUUACGGGGAAGCCGGUGGGGAUCUCAAGUCCCACGCUGCCGGCGGUUCAAAGGUUUCAAUUCCAAAGCUGGACGACGAAAGCUUUGGCAACUUUUUCACCAAAGUCGAGAAAACCGUAGCAGCUACCAGGUUUAGCACCACCACCACCACCACCAGUAGUAGCAGCAGUUCGUCAGCGGAGGUCGUCAUCGGAGACUUCGACACGCUCAAGGUAGACAGCCAGCAGCGCCUGACACAGAAGAAGGUUGUCCAGGGACCGAAACGUCGCGGGGCCAUGUCGAAGAACCCGCUGAAGAAGCUGGCCGCACGGGACGAUCUGCAGACCGAGUACACCGAAAUCAAAACAGGUAUCGCCGAUAAAGAGUUGAAAAGACUCAAACUAGAAUCAAUUGCCAAAACUAGCAAUCUGGCCAUCGAAGCGCUCGCUGGCUUGGCUUCCAUGGAGGACUUUAAAUCGGUCGCACUAAAAUCUAGCAGUCUGCCGCUGAACCAGAGCUUCGUUCCGUACAAACCGUUGAUGUUGCUGCAUGUCAAGGGCCGGCGGCACGUUCAGACCAGGUUAGUGGAACCGGUAGCGCGGUCGAUCAACCGGGGAGAUUGCUUCGUGCUGGUCACCGCCGAUCGACUCUUUGCCUUCAUGGGUCAGUUUUCCAACGUGAUCGAGCGGUCACGGGCCAAGGAAAUUUGCGACGUGAUGGUUCGGGAUAAGGAUCUCGGAUGUGGAGCUGCUAGCGCUACGGUGAUCAGCGAUGGCAAGUCCUGCAGCGAGCGGCAGUUGCGUGAAUUUUGGAAACUGCUCGGACGCGGUCAAGAAGAUCAGAAAGUGGAAGUUUGCGAUUCCGGUCAUGCCGAUGAAGAUGAGCUGCUGGAGAGCUGCCUGAUUGAGACCAAUAAGGUUUACGAGUUCGAGGAUGACGCAUUGGUACCGCUGGAAGAGUACUGGGGUGCUGCACCGAAAAUUGCCAUGUUGGACUGUAAGAAAAUCUUGGUCUUUGAUUUCGGCAGCGAGCUGUACAUUUGGAACGGGAAGAAUGCUUCCAGCGAGGCAAAGAGGGCAGCCAUCAAGCUGGCUCAAGAGUUGUACUCACAGGAAUACAGCUACGAUAUGUGCCAGUUGAAUCCGAUCAAAUUUACGGAGCUGAGCGGUGAUAGACAGAGAGACGCCAGGCGAGUGGCGAAGAGUGGUUCGGUUCGUCCGGAAUGGUGCUUGAUAGCAAAGGUUACCCAACAUAUGGAAACGGUUCUGUUCCGACAGAAAUUCCUCGAUUGGCCGGAUAUAACCGUUCAACUGAAGGACGAUGGCUACCAAAUGGGGGACACUCCCAGCUUGGAUAUUAAGCCCGUCGAUGGAGAGAUGCUGUUCAAGGGACAACCCUAUGUGGAACCAAACUUGGUGCUCGAAAACUCCAGCUUGGGUCGUGGAAACUUUUACUACGACACCAAUACGAUGCGUCAUUUCGACGUACUCACGAUCUCAACGACCCAAUGGGAGAUUGACGAAUACGAAUACAAGGUAAUUGAGGGUUCCUCCUGUGGACACUUUUACUCGGACGAAAGUUACACCGUGCGUUGGAUGUACCAAGUGAGUGUUACCGUACGGGAGCUUAGUGGUAAGGUCUCGAAUCGAAGCACCAUUGUUGGACGUGACCGUUGCGCCUAUUUCUGCUGGCACGGAAAGGACGCUCCGGCCAACGAAAAAGGUGCUGCCGCUCUUCUGACCGUUGAACUGGACAAAGAGAAAGGCGCCCAGGUUCGCGUCGCUCAAGGUCAAGAAUCGUCCGCCUUCAUUCGGCUGUUCAAAAUUAUGUUCAUUCACAAGAGCAAGAAGACCCCGCGCAAUGCCUGGCGCCUGUACAUCAUCACCGGAAACUGUCCGGAAGAAACAGUUUGCACCGAAGUAACUUGCCAUGAACGUCAGCUACGCUCUCGUGCCACAAUGGUGCUAAUCCAGGGCGAAAAGGGUCGCGCAAUCCUCUGGACCGGUUGUAAGGCACUGCCCCAUGCUCGGGAAGUUGGUCAGAACGUGCUGAACGCCAUCAUCCAGAACAAAUAUUCCGAACUGUUUGACGAAACCCUGUCCUCCAUAACUUCAAAGACCCUUGAAGAAGGCCAAGAAAGUCACGAGUUCUUCGAAGCCAUCGAUGGAAGUGAAAAUCGCCAUCAGUACCACUCGCUGCUCGGUUCUCAUCAGGACUUUAAGUUCUCGCCUCGAAUCUUCAACCUGACCAGUAUCAACAACGGCAAUUUCGAGGCCACCGAAUUGCAGUACAAUCUGCGCUGCAAGGACCUUAUUUCGUCGUAUCCGUUCCGGCAGGACGACCUGUACAAUGCCCGCCAGCCGACGAUAUUCAUGAUCGAUAAUGGCCACAUCCUGUGGCUGUGGCAAGGUUGGUGGCCCACGGAGGACGGCGCGGGAAGCGAUAGCGGUAGCAACAGUGGUAGCGAUAACCACAGCAGCUUCGAUAGCAAUCGCUCCGGUGAAAACCGUUGGCAAACGGAACGCCGGGUGGCAAUGGAGACGGCCGUAGCUUACUGGAAGGCAAAGCAAGCCCAGCUCGGAAACAGUACCUCAGCCCAGAAGGGAUCGUCGAACAAGGUUACCAACGGAAACGACGAUCAACAGAAACGGCAACCCCUUCCGGACGAAAACGGUAACGGUGCCAUCGACGAGGUUGACGACGCCGAGAAAAACACUGCCAACAAUGGUACUACUCUACACGCUGCCAGCGACGUAACCGAUGACUGUGAUACUACUAUUACUACUAGUGACCGCGAUGCCAUUGUUCCGAAUGGUGCUAAUGAAGAAGAGGACCACGGGAAUGACGGGAUGCCACGGUGGGAGAACGAAAUCAACGGCUACGUGGUUUGGGCUGGCCUGGAACCGCUGGAGUUUAUCGCCAUGUUUCCCGACUGGGAGCAGCGAGACGAUGUUGCCGAGAUUAACGUGCAGGAUGGCCGUAAAUCCGCCCCGCAACCAAUUGCCAGCAGUCUCUCGCUUCUGUCGCGCAAGGAGUAUCCCCUGUCGGUGCUGCUGGAACGUCCGCUACCAGAGGGUGUCGACCCGACCAAGCUGGAACUGUACCUCCACGAGCAGGACUACCCGGAAGGGCUGGGCCUUACCAAGGCCGAGUUCGAUCAGCUCCCAGCGUGGAAGCAAACUAAACUCAAAAAGGAGCGGUGUUUGUUUUAAGUAAUCGGAAAUCAAGAUACACACACACACAAACAAACACAACUACACUCCAUCACUCACACAAUUAUU